CUUCCGCGGUGACUCGCGUGGAUAUACAAUAUUGUUUCCAUAGUAGUAUGGCGCGUAACUGCAGCCGCAAGUCGAACGUCGAUCGGCGACCGUGGUACACAUGCACAUAACGCGUUUACGAUACGACACUAUUGUUAUACCGCGAUGACCAACGAUCGAUGACACAUAUAUGUAUAUAUUUUAAUCUCGUAUAUUAUAUUCCACGCGCGACGCGAGUGUUAGUCAGUUGUACAAGAGCACCUCUCGGGGAUACGAAAAACGUACCUAUUUAUACCGGCUCGAUUGCACGAUAUCGUAUACAUUUCGAGACGUCGUCGUCCAACGAGCAAUACGGUAAUAUUUAAUGCCACGCUGUGCACCGGCCACAAAUAGUCCGUGGUUAUAUCACUAUUUUGUGAGCACAAGUAUCAUACGAGAGUGACAUAUUCGUGACAACUCGGCUCAUUCAAUUCGUCAUUUAAGAAUACGGUAUCGUUGUACUCCCGCUGCAGCGUUCGAUUGAUGAAUACAAUUGUUUCAAACCAUGUCAUAAGCCGCGAUUGACUUUUCCAGAUUUCGGAAUCUAUUACUGCACCAUCGUGUACCGGGCAAAUCGUCGUGAUUUCGGACGAGAGAUAUUCGGACGAUAUGUUUGAGUCCAGACUCCAAGUGUACUUUGCUGUCGGACAUAUUCAAUUCAACCCAUAGCAACGUUUGAGCACUGUCCCUGAUAUUCCCGAAAACACAAUGACCUACGACACUAGCGGGGUAAAACGCGAGAAGCAGUCGCCGCCGGAAGACAACCACGAAUCAUGGCAGGCCAUGAGCAUCAUGUCAAAAGCCAAGUUUAUGCUGAAACACUGUACGGUGGAGCCUAUGUUGGGUUGCUAUAUAGUGUCCAGCGUGCUGGCGUCACUCGCCACUCAGAAUCUGAACUUGCAGAAGGCGUGCAGGGUGAACCUCCGUCUGGACAACGCCACGUGCUCUGCGCUGGAGAGUCGGACGAUGGACAACUACACGAAGGAAGACGAGGUGGUGGUUCAAGAGCUUGUGGCUGAUAUGAUAAUAUGGAAGACGAUUGUGCAAAGCAGCAUACCGUCGGUGCUGAUAAUAUUCAUCGGGUCGUGGAGCGACCGGAACCACAAGCGGAAGCCGUGCAUGCUGAUACCAAUUAUCGGUGAAUUCCUCACCAGCAUCGGCCUGUUGGUCUGUACUUACUACUUUUACGAUCUCCCGAUGGAGGUGGCCGGGCUCGUGGAGUCCGUACCGCCGGCUAUGACUGGCGGAUGGAUGACCAUGUUCAUGGCCGUGUUCAGCUAUGUCGGAGACGUGACUACGGUGAAAAUGCGCACGUUAAGAAUCGGUAUAGUGAACGUUUUCUGUUCUGUAGGUGUGCCCAUUGGUACCGCAUUAUCUGGUGUACUGUUCCGAGAACUUGGAUUUUAUGGCGUAUACAUCAUAGCCACAGUAUUGUACAUAUUUGCUUUUGUAUAUGGCAUGGUUUUCAUCAAAGAAACGAAACCAGAGAUCAGUAUUGAGAGCAAAGAGCCACCAAGGGACACGUCCUGUGUGGAUUUCCUCAGAGAUUUUUUCAGCCUGAGUCAUAUUAAAGAGGCCGUUCGAGUAACAUUUAAAGAAGGACAAUACAACCGAAGACUAAGAAUUAUUGCUUUAAUGGUUGUCGUCAUUGUCGUAAUGGGCCCUUUGCACGGUGAAAUGUCCGUGAUGUAUCUGUUUACACGUGUAAGAUUCAAUUGGGACGAAGUGAACUACAGUAUGUUUUCCACGUAUUCGAUGAUUACUAAUCUUGUAGGUACAAUGUUUUCGGUCGGGGUAUUCAGUCACAUGUUGCAAAUCGACGACGCCUUAAUCGGAGUUAUAUCAUGUAUGAGCAAAAUAUUGGCCGGAUUUGUUUACGCGUUUGCCACAACGGAUUUUGUAUUUUAUUUGGCACCACUUGUUGACAUUGUAAACGGCACGUCAUUUAUCGCUAUGAGAUCGAUUAUUUCCAAACUCGUACCGCCAGAUGAACUAGGCAAGGUAAACUCGCUCUUUGGCGUAUGUGAAGCUCUGGUGCCCCUAAUUUACGGACCAAUGUAUAGCGCUGUGUACAAGGCCACGCUGAAGACGGUUCCUGGAGCGUUUUUCUUACUCGGUGGCGCAUUAACUGCUCCCGCAGCUCUCAUAUUUCUAUGGAUGUACAACGAACAUAAAAAGGAAAAGAGAGAAAAAGAAGCAGAGAUCAGAGAUGAAGAAAAGAAAUCUGAGGCACUGAAGAAAAAAAAUAGUUUGGACUUCAGGAUAUCCUCUCACGACUUCGACUUGAAAACUAUAUUAGAUAGGCGGACACAGACUCACAGAGGUUCGGGACAAUUUUCAAGUCUAGGAUUGGACAACAUAGCGUUCCAGAUGGAAGAAGGAACCACCAAAGGCAAAUAAUCCUAACGAUUUUCAAUAUAGGAUUCAAUGAUUGAAUAUUUUUUAUUUCUAUUGUCAUUAAGUCACAAUUUCGUUCAUUCGUAUCGUGAGUAACAUGUGUACAUAAGUUAAGACGUCCUUGAAAAUUAACUGUACAAUAACUCUGUCUCAAAAUCAAUAACUUAAUGUCCAUAUUAUGAUAUUUAAUUUAUGUUUGUAAAUUAGUAUCGUCAUGGUUGAAAUCAAAUAUCUUCGUAUACGUUUAUCGUUUUUCCGUAUAUGGGAAAUUCAGCGUUAGCUUGUGGAACUAUUUUCCUUUGAAAUAUGACUAUUGUUUUUCUAGGUUUGAAGUAGCAUAUUAUUAUGAGUACAUACUUGUAAUCAUAGCUAAUAGUCACCUGCGUUCGGCUAAAUGAUUACUCACUGACCACUAUCCAAACAAAAAUGUUGUAUACAAUAUAUAAUGCUAUAUAAUAUAUAUAUAUAUAUAUACUGUUAAUAAUUAUUUAGUUAGGCGAGUGUUAUAAUGUUUACUAUUUAUAGUAUAAUAUUGUCUUAAAGACAUAAAAUACAGUUUUCCUAAUUUUUCCUGACAGACUUAAAUAUCUAAAUUUUAAGUUGCCCAUCUUUGUACAUGUAAAUAUACAUAAAUAUAUAAAUAUUCACCCGUAUACAUAAUAUUAUAUAUUAGUUAUGUCUUAUGUAUUAUAAUAUAUUUUCAUCCCGAGGUAUUAAAAAUAAUUGAACUAUAUUGGUUCGGUUAAACAGCAUAGAUUUAAGACCAUUAACAUAGUUUUUAUUAUUUUUUUUUUUUUGUUAAUGUUAAUUAUUAUAAAUUUAAUAUAUGUUUAUCAUGUGUUACGUGUAAGGAAAUUAAGCGACAAUAGUUUGAAUAUUUUAAAUACCAUUAUUUUUCAAUCGAUCAAUACAGAUUAAAUUUAAAUAUGUUAGGUACUUACUACUCAGCAAAAAAAAAAAAUGAUCUAUAUCAAAAUAUUUUUAAGUAUGUAAUAAUCAUAGAAAUAAUUUUGUGUAUUCUCAAUUUGCCGAAUACCAUUUUUCAAAAAGAAAAAUACCAAUAACUGAAUAUGGACUCCAAAGUACGAAUAUUACAUUAUUAUUAAUUCUGUAAGACAACUUAUCAGUAUAUUAUAUUAAGCAUAAAAAUGUAGGAAAGAAUUACAGUUAUAGAAUAGUAAUUUGAAAAUUGUAUAGAUGUACAUACUAAUAUUAUUGUAUAACCAUAAAUAUUAAAAUGUAUUUUUAUUUAAGAAGACAUAUACCUAUACCUUAGUGAUCAUAAAUAAACUUGUUGAUAUCAAAAUGAAA